CUGGUGAUAAGGGACCGUCUGUAAAUGAUGUCAGUCUGUGCUACUGCUGUGGUUAAGGGACCGUCUGUAAAUGAUAAGGGAUUGUCUGUAAAUAUUAAGGGACCGUCUGUAAAUGAUGCCUGGGGACGUCAGCCCGUGCUACUGCUGGGGUUAAGGGACCGUCUGUAAAUGAUGCACAUUUUCCAAACUAUAGAGCGCUCCUCAAUAUAAGCCACAUUCACUAAAUUUGAGAAGAAAACAAUAUUUUUUCCAUAUAUUAGCCGCAGCGGACUAUAAGUGGCAGUUAUAUACGUUGUGAAAGGAGUUAUUUACACAGAAAUAUUCUGUAAAUGUUUAUUUAAAUACCUUAAUUGUUUCCAAACGGUGUCUGUAACACGGCAGUUAAACGGCUGAUCAAACAAAACAGAAGUCAUGGUCAUGGAGCCACUAGCUGCACAAGCUAGCUCUCCAAUCAGCUAAACAGACUCAAUAACUCCACGCUGAUGUUUUGGUGAAUUUACUGAGGAAUUUGUGAAAGUGAAACAAUACAAAAAGAAUGUUAUUGUAAGUUAAUAAUACUAACACAGACACUCGUAAACGUGUUAGCAUAUUAGCUGAUGCUAACAACGCUAGCUUUCAUUACGUUACAUUAGCACAUACAAAUAUGCAUGACAACACACAUGGGACGCUUUAGUGAGUAAGAAUUGUUUUAGUUAUAUUGUAAAACUAACAAACAUUGCUGGAGUGAUGAAUGAAGAAUCCAUACGAGUAGAAACGCUAUGGACGGCUAAUAGACAGUUAUACUUCCAGGUGGAAUCUCAGUCUAAACACCCGCAUUAAGAAAACUGGUCUUGUCUGUGUGGAGUUCUGAGGUUGGAAUCCUAAAGAACGGUUGGCCAAAGUUCAGUAGUCUGUGGAAUGUCCCACCUGAAACUAAAGUCCAGUAGUCUGUGGAAUGUCCCACCUGGAACUAAAGUCCAAUAGUCUGUGGAAUGUCCCACCUGAAACUAAAGUCCAAUAGUCUGUGGAAUGUCCCACCUGAAACUAAAGUCCAAUAGUCUGUGGAAUGUCCCACCUGAAACUAAAGUCCCAUAGUCUGUGGAAUGUCCCACCUGAAACUAAAGUCCCAUAGUCUGUGGAAUGUCCCACCUGAAACUAAAGUCCAGUAGUCUGUGGAAUGUCCCACCUGAAACUAAAGUCCAAUAGUCUGUGGAAUGUCCCACCUGAAACUAAAGUCCAGUAGUCUGUGGAAUGUCCCACCUGAAACUAAAGUCCAGUAGUCUGUGGAAUGUCCCACCUGAAACUAAAGUCCCAUAGUCUGUGGAAUGUCCCACCUGAAACUAAAGUCCAGUAGUCUGUGGAAUGUCCCACCUGGAACUAAAGUCCAAUAGUCUGUGGAAUGUCCCACCUGAAACUAAAGUCCAGUAGUCUGUGGAAUGUCCCACCUGAAACUAAAGUCCAAUAGUCUGUGGAAUGUCCCACCUGGAACUAAAGUCCAAUAGUCUGUGGAAUGUCUAACCUAAAACUAAAGUCCAGUAGUCUGUGGAAUGUCCCACCUGGAACUAAAGUCCAAUAGUCUGUGGAAUGUCCAACCUGAAACUAAAGUCCAAUAGUCUGUGGAAUGUCCCACCUGAAACUAAAGUCCAAUAGUCUGUGGAAUGUCCCACCUGGAACUAAAGUCCAAUAGUCUGUGGAAUGUCUAACCUAAAACUAAAGUCCAGUAGUCUGUGGAAUGUCCCACCUGGAACUAAAGUCCAAUAGUCUGUGGAAUGUCCAACCUGAAACUAAAGUCCAAUAGUCUGUGGAAUGUCUGACCUGAAACUAAAGUCCAAUAGUCUGUGGAAUGUCCCACCUGAAACUAAAGUCCAGUAGUCUGUGGAAUGUCUCACCUGAAACUAAAGUCCAGGGGUUAUUUCCAGAAGUGAACUAUGGCACAGGUGAUAAUGUGAAAGUCUUUGCAGGUGAUAAUGUGAAGGUGUGUGCAGGUGAUAUUGUGAAGGUGUUUGCAGGUGAUAAUGUGAAGGUGUUUGCAGGUGGUAAUGUGAUGAACUAUGGCCCGGGUGAAAGUGUUUGCAGGUGAUAAUGUGAUGGUGUUUGCAGAUCCUUCCUGUGGCCCACACCAAGAUGGAGGAGGACGAGGAGUUCAAGCAGAGCGUCCGGCUUCUUCUCACCACCAAGAUCGCCGUCUACCUGAUGACUUUCCUCAUCGUCUCCAUGGCCUGGGCCGCCCACAUCAGUCUGACCAACAUCUGCUCUUCCUCCGAGGUGCGUCCAGGUUAUUCCAGGUGAUUGUGCGGAUCGACGACUGCGUGGCGUUGUUGAACCUGGCGUGCAUGAUGCUGAUCACCUUCCUGCCGUACACGGUCAGUAUGGCCUCACCUUUUGCUGCACAUGUCGGGACCAGACGUCCUCUCUUUGCAGUUCUCGCUGAUGGCCGCCUUUCCCGCCAACGUGCUGGGGAUUCUUCUUUUCUGCGGCUGCGUCAUGGUCCUCGGCGUCCUCCAGUCACUGAUCGUGUUGUACGCCUUCAGCCGGCCGUUCCUCCUGGACCGCCACGUCCAGGACUCGGAGAACCGCACCUUCUACAAGCAUCACAUCCUGAAAGUUCUGCUGAGGGUUCCUCUCAUGUGCCUCUUUGCCAGCAUCUUCUCCUUAGUCCUGUUCCAGCUGUCCUACGUGUUGUUGACUGCUUCCAGUCCUACGUGUUGUUGGCGGUGGUCAUCUUCCUGCCGUACGUCUCCCAGAGCGUCAUGUGGUGCCGCAGUAAACUCCUGGGUCCACUGGGGGAGACUCCGGACUCUGCGAUGUUCUUCGUUCCCAGCGAGCCGCUCAGCAAGGAGCGCGUGGAGGCCUUCAGUGACGGCGUCUACGCCAUCGUGGCCACGCUCCUCAUCCUGGACAUCUGCGAAGACAACGUUCCCGACCCCGGCGUGGUCCAGAAGCGCUUCGGGGGCAGCCUGGUGGCCGCCCUGCAGGUCUACGGUCCCGAGUACCUGGCCUACUUCGGCUCCUUCGCCACGGUGGGCCUGCUGUGGUUCGUGCACCACUCGCUCUUCCUGCACGUCACCAAGGCCACGCGGCUGAUGGGCCUGAUGAACACGCUGUCGCUGGCCUGCGUGGGCGGCCUGCCGCUGGCCUACCAGCUGACGCAGCGGUUCCCGCCUGACUCCCGCAACGAGCUGGAGGCGGUGCAGACCAGCUGCGUCAUCGUCUUCUUCGCCGGCGUCUUCCAGCUGGCGAUGUGGGUGGUGGCGCUACACAGCGAGCGGGAGACGCUGCAGCCGGGGGUGCGCUACGGUGGGCGGGAGCAUGUCUUCAUGCUGGCCAAGCUGGCGCUCUACCCCUGCGUGGCGCUCGGGACCUUCUUCCUCACCUGCGUCCUCGGCCGUUUCAGCGUCUCCAUCUUCCACCUGGUGCAGAUCCUGGUGCCCUUCGCCUUCCUCCUCCUGCGUCUGCUGGUGCGCCUCCUUCUAGCGCUGCUGCCACACUUCUUCAGGAGCUCCGGGGUGCCCUUUAACCCCUUAGACGCCUAGGGGGCGGGGCUAGGUGUUCUCCGUGCUUGUAAAGUUUCUUAAGAUGGUCGGUCUGGCUGGUUUUUGACUUGAAGAAUGAAAGAGAUGAUGCAGUAUUAUCUGCUCCCUGGUGGUUCUUUGAGCCUUAAUGCUUCUGUCACACGCAGGAUUCUCACAGGAAUGAGACAUGACUAGGUGGUGCUAUCGCCACUUAGCUCCGUAUUCUCACGCCCGUCCAUAAUGCCGAGCAGCAGGUGGCGCUGUCGCUUGGAAGAGUGAAAUAUUGUAGAAAUGAAAUUAAACAGAAAAAAGGUGGAAAGUCACAGAAAAA